CAGACGACGAACUUACGUCAGAUAUUACAAAAAAAUUGUGAACUUGUAACAUGGCAAUGUUUUUGUACAAAUUGUUCUCGGUCAUUUUGUUGUUCCUCACAAUUUUCAUGAAAUGCGAUGCAAAAUAUGAAGGAUUAUUUUUCUCUCGUGAUGAAACUAGUGAAAUUUAUAACAUUCCAAUGCUGAAGGAAGCUACAGCUAGAACUUUAGACAGUCUGGUAUUAUCUUCUCCCACAGCAAUUGCUUGCCCAGCCAAAUCAGGCAAUGAAGAUGAAUUCAACAAAUUGCAUUCAUUUGGAAAAAAUUGCUUGUUCGUACGAAAUUCUUACGAAAAGAAUUAUUUUGUAGAUGAUGAUAUGGAUAUUGAAAUAUGCGACAUUCCUUAUAAAUUGUCUUUAAUUUAUGACAAAACGACCGACGCUUUUUCAUUUGGUUUUGAAAUGUAUUAUGAAAAAUCCAAACACACCGGUUUCAUUAAUUCAAACCAAGAAAAUUAUACUGGGAUAACCAAUUUAUACUUACGAACACAAAUAUUACCGAAGACACCUACAGAAGAUACAGAAAAUUCAAAACUUCUUUUCUUGGAUGAUAAGACAGAGCUGGGUUUCAAAUGGAUUAAUGCAUUUCAAACAAAAUUCAACUUUGAAGUGAAUCGUCUGAUUGAAACUUCUUACAAUGCAUCCUAUACUGCUCGAGGACGUCGCAAAUGCGAUAAUUAUGAUUUAGGAAAUGGGUAUUUUCGCAAUAGAGACAUAAGUAAUCUAUACGACGAAUUAUACAGCGAUGCCAAUCAAAAGAGAAUGUUAGAAAAUAUCAAAUUACCUACAUCAGAACUUAGUGACAAAAAUAGAGAAGCCGCAUGUGAACCUGAACAUGAAUGUUUCGCAAAAUGGUUAUCUGUCCCAUCAGAACUAUUUCAUUAUCCAGCAGCAGAACCUACAUCGUGUUCAAAUUUACUAACGGUGCCAAUUUGGAAAAGUACAAUAGGAGAUGUGUUGAAAAAUCUCGACAUUUUCUUACAUGCAUUUUCUGAGGCAUUUAGCUACCCAUUGGGAAAUAUAACGAUACUUGCCGGCGUCCAAGGUAUACUCGAAUUACCAACCAAUUCUGAAGAUGACCAGUCGAAAAAAAUGAUCACAUUAGGUAUAAAUGAUAUGCCAGUACCCAACAUCAUUUAUAAAAUCAUCAAAUUCAAAACCGAAAUAUGCGACAAGAAUCCUAACUCCAAUCAAACGGAAAACGAAGAAUCAAAAAAACCAAGUUGUAAGUCGACUUUGAGAGCCAUGAUCGUGGUGAUUCACAUUAAUCCCUACUUUGACCGAGAAACCGACAGAAUUUGUGAAGAUGAGUGCAAAAACUGGAAAUGGGAUGAAAUACAAUACAGGAACACCGCUGAAGGAAGAAUUAAAUCAAAAUACAUAUAUUGUUGCUCUGCAAUGGACAAAAAAGUACGAGAACAGUUGGGAAUAAAAUACGAGUACAAUAAUGAAGCUGAAAAGCUAAAUACUGUAUCCAUAGAUGAUGUACUUUCUUUGGGACAUCUCCCCCUUUACGAUUACACAACUGAAAACUUUGAACCCAACGAUGUCAGUGGGCUUGUAGUAGAAUCCUACCAGCUCUUAAUGGAACAGGAGCAGAACCAAUCACAGUCUCACCAGAAUCAUUAAACAGAGCAUUCAUUAGAAUAAAUAACGAUAGCCCAAAAAGAUGUUCUCAAAAAGAAUGAACGUGUGUAAGACAUAGCCUACCUAAAUUAGGUGGGUAUAGGUACCUAUCUAAAAACCCAGUAUUCUUGACAGAGAACGCCAAUAAAUUAGUAUAAAAUGAACUGGAUUAAACUUCAAAAAUAGGUAAUUGUAACUUGUCUUAAUCCUGAUUGUUUGUUUAAAAUUUAGUCUAAUAUUUUCAAAUAUGUUUCUAAGGGUUUUUAUAAUUUGAGCCAUUUUUAAUUGAUAUUAGCUUAAGACAUUUAUAACAUUUUUAUGGACAUCAAUAGGUAAUUCAUUUUAAAUAAGAAAAUUUGCAAAACUCAUUU